AUGUCCAUCAAAACAGCAAUUCACAAUUUGGUUUCACAAAACAAGGUCGUUAUUUUCUCGAAAACUUACUGCCCCUAUUGUAGCAAUGCAAAGAGACUCUUUUCGGAAUUAGGAGUUGAAUACAAAGUUUUGGAAUUGGAUACAAUGAAGGAUGGCUCGGAAUAUCAAAACACAUUGAAAGAAAUGACCAAUAUGGGCACAGUUCCAUCAAUUUGGGUGAACAAUGAAUUCAUUGGAGGCUUUUCUGACACUCAAUCAUUACAUAAGCAAGGAAAAUUACUUCCCAAACUCAAUAAAUAA